AUGGAAAGUUUUACUAAAUGUCCAUAUGAGCAUACACUUUAUACAAAAAUUGAAGAUGAAAAGCUUGUUAUUGUAUGUUUAUAUGUAGAUGAUUUGAUUUAUGCCGGGAAUGAUUCUGCAUUACUUGAAAAGUUUAAGCAAUCAAUGAUGACUGAGUUUGAUAUGUCUGAUCUUGGCUUGAUGCACUAUUUUCUCGGUAGUGAAGUUAAGCAAUCUGCCAGUGGAUUUUUUAUUUCACAAAAGAAAUAUGUCCAAGAAACUUUAGAGAGGUUCAGAUUGCAAAGUUGCAAUUCUGUCACUACACCAGAAGAAUUGGGACUGAAAUUGGAGAAGAAUUCUGCAGGAAAGCAAAUUGACAACACUCUUUAUAAGCAGAUCGUGGGAUGUUUAAUGUAUGCAACAGUCACUAGACCUGAGAUAAUGUAUUCUGUUAGUCUUGUUAGCAGGUACAUGGAGCACCCAAAAGAGACUCAUUUGUUGGCUGCUAAAAGAAUUUUCAGGUAUUUGCAGGGUACCAUUGAUUAUGGUAUUUUGUACAAGAAAGAAGGAAAGUCAGAGUUAAUUGGCUUUACAGAUAGUGACUUUGCUGGAGAUAAAGAAGACAGAAAAAGCACUCCGGGUUAUGUGUUUAUGCUUGGAUCAGGAGCUGUUUCGUGGUGCUCCAAGAAACAACCAAUUGUUACGUCAUCCACCACAGAAGCAGAGUUUGUUGCUGCAACUGUGUGUGCUACUCAAGCAAUUUGGUUGAAGAAGGUACUUACUGAACUUCAUUUCCCGCAGCAAGAACCAAUUCCAAUUUACUGUGACAAUGGUUCAGCUAUUAAACUUUCAAAGAAUCCAGUAUUGCACGGAAGGAGCAAACACAUAGAUGUCAAAUUUCACUUUCUAAGAGAUCUCACAAAGGAUAAAGUCAUUGAUGUUGUCUACUGCAGAAGUGAGGACCAAGCUGCUGAUAUCUUUACCAAAUCCCUCAAGCUAGCAACUUUCAGAAAAUUAAGGAAGCUACUUGGAGUUUGCAAGUUAGGGGAGGGCUCUUGUGAUUGA